AUGAUUGAUGACGGCAAUAACGAGCCGCAGGUCGGAGGUCGCAAGAGGCGCGGGGCGGGGCGGGCCGAGGGCGCGGGGGACUGUGCUCUCACUGGGAACAGGCAUUACUUUAUUGAAACCCGCCCCGAUACGCAACGCCAGCACCUGAGCGACGUUUCGAGCAACAACAUCAGCACGCUGCCGCGAGACGCGCUGCUUCCCGCCUUCGCACUCAGAGACCUGAACCUGUCGUUGAACCGGCUGGAGUCGGUGUCGGCGGGCGCGCUGAGCGGCGGCGGCACGGGCGGCGCGCUGGCGCGGCUGUGGCUGGACGCGUGCGCGCUGCGGCGACUGCCGGCGCACGCGCUUCGCGACUUGCCGCGGCUACAUUUCCUGUCAGCGGACGACAACAUGCUGACAGAGGUGGAGGACAACGCGCUGGAAGCCCUGCGUGCGCUGCGCACGCUGCGCCUGGCGCGCAACCAGCUGCGCGCGCCGCCCGCUGCAGCGCUUGCGCCCCUCGCGCGGCUGCAGUACCUAGACCUGUCGGGCAACCUGAUCGGCGAGCUAGGCGAGGAGGCGCUGCCGCCGCUGCCGUCGCUGCACACGCUGCUGCUGCGGCACAACCGCAUCUCGCAUGUGGAACCACGCGCAUUCACCGGCGUGCCUGCACUGCGCGUGCUGCGGUUGGAGGAUAACCUUCUGACGGAACUGCCGGCGGCGCUGCAGCUGCUGCCGCAACUCGAAGACCUGUGGGCGGGCGGCAACCGCGUGGAGUGGGCGGGGCCGGAGACGCUGGCAGGCUGCGGCCGACUGGCGUGGCUCGACCUGCGCCGCAACCCGCUGUCGAGCUUGCACCCGCGCAGUCUCGACCGUCUGCCUAAUCUCGAAACGCUAUUGAUGUCUGAGGCGCGGGGCCUGACAGCGAUACCAGUACUCAACGGCUCGCUGCGCCUGCGCACGCUGCGCGCCGACCGCGCGCGCCUCACGCACCUGCCCGCUUCGCUGUGCGCGCACGCGCCGCAGCUGCGCACGCUGGACCUGAAGCUGAACCGGCUGCGACGCGUGCCCGACCUGCGCGCCUGCGCCGAGUUACGGGUGCUGGAUCUGUCGUCGAAUGAGAUCGCGACUCUGUCGGCGGAAGAGGAGGGCGACGAUGGAGCGGAGGAGGAAUCGGCGCUGCUGGGGUUGGGCCACUUGCAAGAUCUGCUGCUAGCGCACAACCGCCUGCGUCGCCUGCCCCGACACGCCUUCCGGCACAACCCAGACUUGCAAAUUCUAAACGUUGAAGGCAACGAGAUCGAGCACAUCGAUAUGGAAGCUUUCGUGCCCAUCUUCAAGCUGCAGGACUUGUAAGUACCGCCGCGACCUCUACACGAAGAUAAGAGAAAAAUACUCUUGGAGUUCACAA